UCGUCGGCGCUGCAAUAGCAAUCGGUGUCCUGGUCGUAGGUUUUGUAUGCCUAUGCCGUGCUUUCCGCUGGCCGCAGCAUGGGUCAUGCUACGUGGUAGAAGUGGUGGUGACACACUUUUAUAGAUGAUUCUACCGGCGUCAGUUUGACAAUUUACCGGAGUCAGUUAGUAUGACAAUUUGACUUCAAACGAGCAUGCUUCUCUGAUAAAUAAUAAUACGGCCGCAUCCCUUUGCCGCCUUCUGUUUAUCAUGACCGUAUAUUUGCCCAUACAUCUUAUCGUCCUCGCUAUCCUAUCUAGUGGUUUCGAUAACUAUUUGUGAGUAGAGUGCUGCGGUGCGAUUUUAUUCUCCACUUCGUGCGGUGCACACGCCGUUGAAUUACCUAAUUUUUGUCUUACAAUACUUUUCUGUUAAGAUGUUGGCUAUAACAUGGGCCUUAAUCGCUAUCAUCAGUUGCACCUAUUCUGCUCCACUUCUCUCAUGCCCAAAAAGCUGCUCUUGUAUAUCUUUUGGUCGUCGCAUGGGUCUUACUUGUUCUUCGUUAGACUUCCUUCGGAAACCCCUGUCGCCUGAAUUGCAAGCGUCAAUAGUGAUACUGACAGUGCGCGGAAAAAAUAUCCAUUCCUUAGAUCCAAAAUUAAAACAUUUGCGCAAUUUAAAGUUUUUAGACGUUAGUUCAAGCGGUUUAAAGCAUUUCACCGCUUCUGUAGUUCCUAAAGGUGUCGAAUCUUUGGAUAUUUCAAACAAUGACAUUUCUUACGUUUCCGAUUGGAAUUUACUACCGGAACUGAAGAGUUUAGAUAUUACCGGUAAUCCCCUCUCGUGUUCCUGUGACUCGUUACCGUUCCGCGACAUGUUACUAUCCAAUACCAAGGUCAGGGUUGUCGAACCCGUUUUGUGUGAUUCCCCGAAAGAACACUUUGGAAAAUCCUGGCUUAAAGUAAAUUGCAUCUUCGAUCCUGAAUUUUUAUUCGGUGAAAUGCAAGGUGAUGAACCUGUUGAAGGUUCGGGAUCUGGUGACGGGUGGGCGGGACCUAUUAUCGCUGACACUCACGUAACGACCGAGGAUUCCGGUCCAGUAGAAGAAGAAUUUAUAAAAGACAACCAAAACGUUGUAAAUAGUGCAAAAACUAUUACCGAACAACCCCCAACAGAAGACGAAGAAGAAGGGAGUGGUUCAUUCGAAUUUGUUGACGUAUUCAACGAAACCAAUCGCAGUUCCACAACUGUUUCUCCAUUUGAUGCCGACUACGAUGACGAAGAAGAGCAAGACGGUGCUGAAGGGGAGCCGACCACGGUUAUUUCCCAAGAACAACAUCCCGCUAUUUCGGUACAUAGAGGAUUUAUUUCUUCCGGGUGCAUUAUCAAUUGUUCAACUCCAGCUCCUCUUGAUAGAUCAGACGAUAGCGAAUCUUCUCCACCGCCAGGUCUAGUAGACGGGGUAAAAAUAAUAAUGGGUGAUAUAUUUGGAGUAGGUCAACCAUCAACCCAACAACCCGAACAAUCUUCAACUGCGGCCACGGACGCAAAACAAGAACAAGCGACGGAAGUUAAAGAGGAAGUAUCGCAAACUCAUCUCUCGGAGCAGGAAUCCGCUGGACCAAAAGAAUCUCCCAAGAAAGAGACCGACAUAAUCAGCGAAACAGCGGAUACAACAAAAGAGAAAGAGAGCGCCGUCCAAAGCCAAGAAAGCAAGCAAUCAAAUAGCACAUUUAUUUUCUUGGGAAUCCUCCUGCUAGUCAUGGUUUGUUUGAUUGUUUACGCGGUCGUUAAAAGGGCGGCAGCCAAGAAGAAGGGACGCAAACAGCGUUCUAACGUAGCUGGUCUUGACGAAAAACCAGGAGAAGAAAUGAAACUCAUUAAGCCAAUUGGUGUCGAAAAUGGUAAACAAAAUGGCAAGCCAGAAUCAAUACCGUUAAUAAAUAAUAGUCAGAAUGGUACGAAAACGUAUCCAGAAGAUGAAAAAGUUCAAAAGAAAGAACCGGUCACACCUCCUGGUACGCCCGCUGACGAUGAGGACGAUGUGGAACUGCGACAAAAACCCAACGAUUCACUGCUUACUCCAGAAACUAAACGGGUUACUAUAAGGGCAAGCGAAAUACCCGAUUCGGUUUUGAAAACACCAAUUCUGGUCACGCGACACAUCGACAGUGAUGGCAAAGUGGUAACAACCCCGAACUUAAAUCAAAGAAGCGUCAAGUGAUGAUACAGAGAGAGAUAGAGAGUGCUCUUUUUAAAGUCUGCUAAUGUGAUACGCUUAACUAACAAACAUUGUUCCUAAGUGUAAUGAGACGGAAGUGGUCUGAAAAUUUUCGUGACAUUACUUUAAUAAGAAACCAGAAAUUCAUUAUGUGAUAACUUUAACGUGUAUGUAUGUAUGUAUGCUGUAUGUACAUAUAGGUAAAAUUCCGAAUAGUAAUAGCGCUUAAUUUGUAGCUCUGGUUUCAAAACAAGCACAAAAAAAAACUGCGAAACAGUUUUUAUUUUUUUAAUGUAACUUUUCCUUUACAAUCUCAUGUGUCUUUUACUCAGCUAUUAAGUAGUUGGUCUUUGUUUUCCUGUCUUCUUUCCAGGCUUCCCUUACCUAAAGGUACCUAAAUCGGGUUCGAAUAUUUGUAAUUUGUUUAUUUCUCUAAAAAAAUAUGUUAUAUAUAAAUAUCUACAUACAUGUAUGUAUAAUAUGUAAUAAGAACUUCAUUAUCAUCUUCAAAGAAACAUUUUACUUAUUUAAUCAUAUGUAGUUGUAUCGGUGUAUUUUUCCGGAAUUAUAUGCAUAGGUAUAAGUAGGUAUAUUUGUUUUAAAAUAAGAAUCGCCCUUGAGUCGUUUUUUUUUUUUUUAUUUACUAUAUUAUUAAUGUUAUUUUUGUCUUUGUAAUUUAAUUUAAACGUUUCAAAAUAAUCAUUAUAGUUUAAUAUUGAAUGUUAUCGCUGAACCAGAGCGAAUUAUUGGAAAUAUGUUAAGAAAGAAUAUAUUCCAGCACUGAACUCAAUAAAUGAAUAGAAUUAUU